AGAUCUGAGAGCUUGAAACAAUGGAGUACCGGAAAAUCAAAGACGAGGAUGAUCAUGACGUCGCUUCUGAUAUCGAGAGUUUGAAAGGAAAAUCUCAUACCGUUGCUUCGAGUAACAUUGCUAUGGCUACUCUGGGUGUUGGAUCCAGUGAACGGAUCAACUGGAAACGAAAGGGUGUAGUAACAUGUGCACUGACGAUUCUGACAAGUUCUCAAGCGAUACUCAUCGUGUGGUCGAAGCGAGCUGGGAAGUAUGAGUAUAGUGUUACAACCGCCAACUUUUUGGUUGAGACUCUCAAAUGUGCUUUAUCUCUUCUUGCAUUGACAAGGAUAUGGAAAAACGAAGGUGUUACUGACGACAACAGGUUAAGCACAACAUAUGAUGAAGUUAAAGUCUUUCCAAUUCCUGCAGCAUUGUAUCUUUUCAAGAAUUUGUUACAGUACUAUAUUUUUGCUUACGUUGACGCCCCGGGAUAUCAGAUAUUGAAGAACUUGAACAUCAUAAGUACCGGUGUCUUGUACAGAAUUAUACUGAAGAAAAAAUUGAGCGAGAUUCAGUGGGCGGGUUUCAUUCUGUUGUGUUGCGGAUGCACCACUGCUCAGUUGAAUUCAAAUUCUGAUCGUGUUCUUCAGACAUCUCUUCCUGGUUGGACUAUGGCAAUUGUCAUGGCUCUUUUAAGUGGUUUCGCCGGAGUGUACACAGAGGCCAUCAUAAAAAAGCGACCUUCAAGGAAUAUAAAUGUACAGAACUUCUGGCUAUAUGUCUUCGGGAUGGCUUUCAAUGCUGUUGCUAUAGUGAUCCAAGAUUUUGAUGCCGUUGCAAAUAAGGGAUUCUUCCAUGGUUACUCCUUCAUCACAGUACUCAUGAUUCUUAACCAUGCUCUCAGUGGCAUUGCUGUGUCGAUGGUGAUGAAAUAUGCAGACAAUAUUGUGAAGGUUUAUUCGACAUCAGUGGCGAUGCUUCUCACUGCGGUUGUCUCUGUAUUCCUCUUCAAUUUUCAUCUUUCCCUAGCCUUCUUCUUGGGUUCAACGGUCGUCUCUGUUUCAGUAUAUUUGCAUUCCGCAGGGAAGCUACGAUAGUAAAGAUCUUCACACUUACAUCUACCAAGAAAACUGCCAUUAUUCUAGUACAGAGAGAAAGCUUUUGAACGAUUACGAUUUUGUUUUUCUGUGUAGGUAUAUUCACAUUUGUGCCUCUGUAUUGAUUUUUUCCCUGUCAUGAAACCUACUAUUCUCAUUUGUACGAAACCAAAACUUAUCAAGAAAGUAAAAAAAUUCAG